GCGGCGGGGGCGAAACUUCGCGGCCAGAUGCCUGAAGGCGCGGCGGCGCUGCGAGGCUGCCGCUGCUGCCCCUGCGGGCCCCGGGCGCGUCUCCGCGGGCGGCGCUGCCCGCGGCACGGCGUGUGCACCGAGCGAGUGAAGGUAUGUUUGGCGGGCGCGGCUGGAGCUGCUGCCGCCACCGCCGCGCCAGCAGGUCCUAAUGCCUGUCACUUCCCAGGACGCUGGCAGCAGCAGCCCGGAGCCCCCGAGCCCUCGGCAGGUUUGCCUGUCCUUCCCCGCGAUCUGAUUGGAUAAAGUGGGGGCUCGACGGUGGCCGACGUGGGACAGUCUGGCUGUGGCAGGGGUCUCGGAAACCAUGGGUUAUUGCAGUGGCAGGUGCACGCUUAUCUUUAUCUGUGGCAUGCAACUGGUUUGUGUGCUGGAGAGGCAAAUAUUUGACUUCCUUGGAUAUCAGUGGGCACCUAUCCUGGCAAAUUUUGUACAUAUUAUUAUCGUCAUUCUUGGUUUAUUUGGAACUAUUCAAUAUAGACCUCGUUACAUAACAGGAUAUGCUGUCUGGCUAGUCCUCUGGGUUACCUGGAAUGUGUUUGUUAUCUGCUUCUAUUUGGAGGCUGGGGACCUCUCAAAGGAAACAGACCUUAUCCUGACUUUUAAUAUUUCAAUGCACCGAUCUUGGUGGAUGGAGAAUGGACCAGGAUGUACGGUGACUUCAGUGACACCUGCACCAGACUGGGCCCCAGAAGACCAUCGCUACAUCACAGUCUCAGGGUGUUUUCUGGAGUACCAGUACAUAGAAGUGGCUCACAGUUCCCUCCAGAUUGUCCUCGCACUGGCAGGGUUCAUCUACGCCUGUUAUGUUGUGAAAUGUAUAACUGAAGAAGAGGACAGCUUUGAUUUCAUAGGUGGCUUUGAUUCUUAUGGUUAUCAAGGGCCUCAGAAGACAUCUCAUUUACAACUACAGCCUAUGUACAUGCAAAUUCCCUUGGAUAACAACUGAUAACAAAUUCUAUAUAUCAGCAUCAAGUGAUAUGCUGAAUUGCAAGCGAAGAUCAAAAUAGAAAGUCGAAAUAAUACAGAUGGCUUCAGGCUGUCAGCUCCUGGACCUUUCAGAGAACUUGUUUCACAGUGGCCUCCUGCAUUUUAUGAAGAGCAAGAAGCAACUGAGUUUGAAUAUAUAUACAUAUUAACAAAACAAAUAUAAGCCUCCACAUACACUGGGACACGCAUACACAUACACACAUACACACACACACACACACACACACACACACACACACACACACACACACAGGCACAUACUAAUUCCACUUGGCCUCCUGUUUCUGACCGAAACAAACAUGCAGGACACGGCCAUCUUGGAUUUCCGGAAAGUAGGCUUCUUUCUCCCAGGCCUUUGGAAAGUUCCUAAGGAGACGUGUUGGUGCCCUCUGCUGGCCGUCACUAACUCCUCUGCAGCCCAGCCAGUCGGCCUCUGUGAGCUGCGAAGUCAUCCAGGGCGCGUUAGUUUGAGAGCCCUGUCUUCUGCACUCCAUACGUCUUGAUAGCACCACGGCUAUGUAGGCAAUGUAAUUGCAAAAACAAACAAAACAUGCCAUGAUGACCUUGUAACCGAAGUCCUAAAUGGCAGGUUGUUUGACCUAAAGGCGACACCGUACAUAUUUGCCUUAACCCACCUAAGUUGUGCGCCCGCCCGAGUCUCAGUGCAGACCUCUCCGAGUCACUUCCUUUAGGCUAACACACUGCUAUUAAUUCCGAAUGAGUUCGAGUCUGUGUGUUUCAUGUCAAGAAACAAGACUGCAUAGCUCAGCACCUCCAGUGUGUCCGUGUACGAAAACUGCCAGCUGUCAGCAAAGUACUUUCCCGUUGAACCUCCAUGGUGGCCCAAAACAGACAAGUGACAAUAACCACAACAAGAAUCGUCAUCUUUAUAAUUCUUAACUAUGAUCUUCUGAAGGGGUUGGGUGGGACAAAGUAAAACCUAUUAAUCUACUAAACUCAUUAAUCUACUGGAAGCAGAGAGCAGAAAUGGCUUAACUCAUUUUAUUUAUCGCACUCUAGGUGCUUUUAUAAGUAUCUACAAAUGUCUUUUACUAACACAGAAACAGCUGUGGAUUUCUAUCAACAGAGGCCAACUGAAUAUGUAUUAGCUAUGUUUACUCUUUUAUAUCUAAUUCCAAUCGAAAACCCUACGUAGGUGACCUUUUUUUCCUAACUUCAGCGUACGAGAUUAUUUUUCGGGUGGGCGGGGGGAGCAAUAGUUACCGUGGUGAAAUAUUUGAGAUCUCUUUGUGGUAUUUGGGGGAUCUGUUGUGUGUUAGAGUGUAUUUUAAUCCUCCUGUAUUAUUGUGGCAGAAAAACUGUGCUGUUAACGUAGUUGGCAACAAGAUGCCUUUGGAAACUUAAUAGUAGGUCAAUGUGUUUAUGGAAUAUUCUGAAUUCCUAGGAAAUUUUGUUCUAUAUAUUCAAGCAUUAUUUGGUUUUCAUUAGUGGAAAACAUAAUUAGCUCAGGCUUGUCAGGAACUCAGAAGAGUCAUGUUUUUUCUUGGAUCCACCUGAGACGCUAAAAUCAAUUUUUAAAAACCAAUACAACAUCCUUAAAUGCAGUGAAAUUGAGACUUGAAAAGUUAUAAAUUGGCAUGGAGCAAUGUUUUCUCUUGGUUUCUAUGUAGUUUCAGUUAUUGGGUUAACCUACUCUGGACCUUAGCCCAUCCAGAUCUACAUAAACCAGUCCCAUUACUGUGUUUGCAUGGAUGUCUGUGAAAUACACACAUAUACAUUUAAAAACGAUAAAGGAACAAAGGUGAUAUUGGAACAUAAACUACAAAAAAAUAAGUUCCAGCACUUGUGCUUGAAUUUUCUCAGUGGCUUGUAUAUGUUUGUCCAUACAUACAUGUAUAAAAUCUAUAAUUGCAAACAUGUCAGUGAAACCUCAUGGGCUGAUUUUAUAGUGACAUGCAUGUUUAAUGUAUGAGAAAACUAUUUAUCAAUGUAUUGUCCUCUGAUUCUUAAAAUAUAAAUACUAUACAUGCCAGAAACUACUCUAUUAAUGUGACUAUUAAAAUGAGGUUUCACUGUACAUUCAUGCUGUGAUGAGAUUCCACCUUCUAGGACAUGUAUAUGGAGUGAGAUUAAAGUGCACGGAGAACAAGCCCUCAUAUUCCCGCUUUAAGUUACAGCCAAGCUACCACCUAAUUACUACUAUCAUCGCCACCAAAAUUUUCAAAAACAGUUGUUGACUACUAAAAAGUAAUCAGUGGACAGGUCUUUUUUUGGGAGCAGUGAGCACAGUAGUGUGAUUAUAUCUGGAAAAACAUCUAAGUUGUACAGCUGAAUCCUCCUCAAAAUCCGGUGAAGAAUGCUAUUUUUCUAGGCUGAGCUUUUGUUAUAAACCUAAUAUUCAGAAGGCAAGAGUUACAAUCCUGAUGUGUCUUUUUUUGUUUUUUUUUGCGUUUGUUAAUUCCGAAUGUAUUUUUAACAGAGUGAUUUUUUUGACUUACUAGUGUAAUUUGCAUUUUAAAAAUAAAUGGAAAAACAAUUAAGUUUCUGAGCCAUCCCUGAAAGCCCCUGCUCCUUCUCACAGUGUAUUUGAUUAUGACAUUGAAAAGGAAACCCUAUUAAAUUUACAUGAAGCCAACGCUGCUGUUCUGUGCUAUGCAGGGAUGGAUGUGUCAGCAGUAAAAAGAAAUUGCCAGGUCAUGGCACCGUUUUAGCUCAGUCACAGGUAGUGCAUACUUUCAUUAUCCCCUAACACUAAGGGUUCUUUUAUGAAACUGCCUGGAAUAGACUUGCUGUCAUUUAGAGAACUUUUUUUUCCCCCCUUUCUACCUGGAAUUUAGAGUUAGCAUCAGGCUAAGAGCUGACAGAGGUGUUAGGGCACUAUAUUAAAAACCUUUGCUUAACAUAGGUAGGGUUUUUCAUUUUUUUAAAGGCCAAAUUGUUUAAAAUAAAAUAAUUUUAAAUACUCAUUUAUUCAUUAUUCCUUUGAUGACAUAGUCUUUGACAACACUCUCAGUGGAGCAUAUUGGGGUGGGCUGGGUAAGUAGAGAAGAUUAACCCCUGGCAUUUGUGGUUGCACAACCAUAAUUUCACAGUAUAGAUGAAAGGGAUAGAAGGUAGGGGGCUUAGACGGCUCCAGGCUUGGGCCGUCUCAGGCUUGAGCUGCUGUUGGGGUUCCUCUCACUGCACUCAGACACACAGCAGCCCCACCCCACCCCCGCCCCCAAGCUAAAAUGCAGAAAUUGAUUGAAAACAAAAAAGGCUUUGAGGCAGCAUUCCAAGAAGCUGAAGAUCAACUUGUAGUAUUUGACUUCUUGGCCACAUGGGGAGUCUUGUGAAUGAUCAAGCCUGUUUUUACUUUUGUUCCCUGUGUGAAAGAUAUGCUGAUGUGGUUCAUUGUGGAUGACUAUCAGGAUGUUGCUUCACAGUGUGAGGUCAAAGGCACAAUAUCUCCUUUGCAUAAAAAAAGACAAAAGUUAAUAAAGCAACUCUAUACAGGCACCCUAAAGAAAAGAUUCUGGCCUCUGGAGUUCUCAAAAAGGGUGUGCAUUUGGUAAAUAAUAAAUGUUAUUUGUUGAUGGUACCAAGAUCUUCAUUUGGUAACUGUUAAAAUCAUAAUCUCUAAUACAGUGAAGGAAACAGCCAACAUUCCAUUGUACUAUAAGGAGUGGACCAUAAAUUCAGAAAUCCAAACUCAUUUUAAGUAGGUCAUGUUGCGGCACAAACUUUUUGGAGAUCCAAGCACAUUUAUUACAGAGACGAUAAAUUAAGGCCCACAGAGGUAAGAAAUUACUCAAGUUUACCAUUUAUCCCGAAAAUGCAAAUAACUCACCAUUCCACACCAAAUUCUGUUAUGUGUACUCUGGUCAGAAUAGAAUAAACAAAAUCCCAGACAAUGGGGAUUUGUCAACUGACGCUGGACUGCUAAGUCAGAAUGAAACCUGAUAAGAAAGACCCUAAAACAGUAUAAAAUCAUGAAACGUGUCUGGAUUAUUGUGUACUAGGUUCCAUAUAGUCUCGGUGUGAAAUGUUUAAAUAUGUUUUAUUAUCUUCCAAUUCUUUUAAAAACCAAUAACUUGUACCCAUAUGUAAACAUAGUCAACCAAUUGUGUUUGUUUUCGGGGUUGGAAGUUUUUCUGUUAUUUCUUUUUUCUUUUAAGAUUUUAUUUAUUCAUUUGACAGAGAGAGAGAGCACAAGC